AUGGCGGCCGGAGUAGCAGCGUGGCUACCCUUCGCCCGGGCAGCUGCCAUAGGAUGGAUGCCCGUGGCUAACUGCCCCAUGCCUCUCGCCCCGGGCGACAAGAACAAGAAGCAAGACGAGCUCGUCAUCCUCAAUGUGAGUGGCAGGCGCUUCCAAACUUGGAAGAACACCUUGGAGAGAUUCCCGGAUACGUUACUGGGCAGCACCGAGAAGGAGUUCUUCUUUCACGAAGAAAGCAAGGAGUAUUUCUUUGACCGGGAUCCUGACAUCUUCAGAAAUGUGCUGAAUUUUUACAGGACGGGCAAGUUGCACUAUCCACGGCACGAGUGCAUAUCUUCCUACGACGAAGAGUUGGCUUUCUUUGGCAUCAUCCCGGAGAUCAUCGGGGACUGUUGUUAUGAAGAAUACAAAGACAGAAAGAGGGAGAACGCAGAGAGGUUGAUGGAUGACAGUGACUCUGAGAACAAGGUGGAAGGUAACCUGCCAACGCGCACUUGCCGCCAGACUAUGUGGAGGGCCUUUGAGAACCCGCACACCAGCACCUUGGCCUUAGUCUUUUACUAUGUCACUGGCUUCUUCAUAGCAGUGUCAGUCAUCACCAAUGUGGUCGAGACGGUGCCCUGCGGAAUUGGCCCGAGCGACGUCAAGGACUUGCCAUGCGGAGAAAGAUACGUGGUGGCUUUCUUCUGCCUGGACACCGCGUGUGUCAUGAUCUUCACUAUCGAGUACCUUCUGCGGCUUUUUGCAGCCCCGAGCCGCUACAGGUUCAUGAGAAGUGUGAUGAGCAUCAUCGAUGUAGUGGCCAUCAUGCCUUAUUACAUUGGCUUGGUUAUGACCAACAACGAGGACGUGAGUGGAGCCUUUGUGACUCUUCGUGUCUUUAGAGUCUUCCGGAUUUUCAAGUUUUCUCGCCAUUCCCAAGGACUGAGGAUCCUCGGUUAUACCCUGAAGAGCUGCGCGUCUGAAUUGGGAUUCCUCCUGUUUUCCCUCACUAUGGCCAUCAUAAUCUUUGCCACCGUCAUGUUCUAUGCUGAGAAGGGCUCGACGCAUAGCAAGUUUACAAGCAUUCCCGCAUCCUUUUGGUACACAAUCGUCACCAUGACAACUCUGGGCUAUGGCGAUAUGGUACCGAAGACAAUAGCUGGGAAGAUCUUUGGCUCCAUCUGCUCCUUGAGUGGUGUCCUGGUGAUCGCCCUGCCUGUCCCAGUCAUCGUUUCCAACUUCAGCAGAAUCUACCAUCAGAACCAGCGGGCAGACAAGCGGAGAGCACAAAAGAAGGCCAGGCUUGCGAGGAUAAAGAUAGCGAAGACUGGAAAUGCCAAUGCCUAUCUUCAGAUCAAACGUAACGGCUUGAUGAAUGAGGGACUGGAGAUCACAGUAAGUGAUCAGCAGCUGUGUCCCAACAGACCAGGAUCAGCUGUGGCCAGGCAACAUCACCAUCUGCUGCACUGCUUGGAGCGGACAACUGGAUUGUCCUACCUGUUGGAUGACCCUCUCUUAUCAGUACGGACAUCAACUUCCACCAAGAACCACGAGUUUCUCGAUGAGCCGGCUUUCGAACAGAAUUGCCUCGAAGGUUCGAUGCAGAACUGCCCGUCCACUCAUAGCCCCUCACUUUCCUCCGAGUCUGGGACAGCCAGCACCUGUUGUUCCCGCCGGAGUCACAAGAAGUCCACUCACCUGCCCAACUCCAGCGUGUCAGCGGCGAAUUUGAGAAGCAUGCAGGAACUCAGCACCAUUCACAUUCAGUGCGGGGAGCAGAUAUCCUUCAACACCAGUCGUUCCAGUCUGAAUGAUAAAUCGGAGGAGGGAAUGAGGAUCAACAGCAAGAGCUCUCAAAUCACCACGGCGAUAAUCAGCAUCCCGACAUCACCUAGCAUUACACCCGAGGAGGAGAAUCGGCCCCCAAUCCCCAAUCAAUCCAGCACCAACAUGAAUACCACAAGCUGCAAUAUCGUCAAAGUGUCUGCCUUGUAAAAAUACAAAGCUGCCCUAGCUCUCAGUCACCUGACAUCCUCAAGAUCACAUGACACUGACAACCACAUGGCAAGGGUCGAAGGGGAAACAGUGGAUGAGUCUAAUCCCAGUAGUAAGGGUGAGGGUGAUCUGACAUCACCACGUUUUACAUCCUGAAGAACCGGCACCGUGUCAAACAAAUAUUUAUUUCUGUUUCUCUUUUUUUUUGGUGAGAAGAAUAUCAGGGAAAUCUCCCUGACUCAAGAGGGACCAAGGCUAUAACGACUCAAUGCGGGACAACAGGAGAGAUUACAGAAGCCAGGUCCGCAUUGCUUCAUUUUUAAGCACCUAUCUUAGGUGGCGUUUAAGACGGAUAAUAUUUAUUCACAAACUACGAGUAUGACAAGGCAAGCCUGCUGUGAAAAGGGAGACAGGGAUCUUUUUUUGUGUGUGUGUGUGUGUGUGGAAAAGUAACUUUACAAAAAAGAACUGUGUCUCACUGAAGAAGCGAUUUAGGCUCCAGAUGUCGUUGUAGUCAACUACUUUUUGACACAUUUCUAGUGAAAGUCACAUUUGGAAUAGA